UUUCAGGAGCAAACUAAAAAAAAAAACGAGUUAUGAAGAUGACUUUGUGAGCGAUACACACGUUAUAAGGUCGACAAAUCGUUGCCACACAAGUGUCUCCAAGCAAGCACAUUUUUGAUAAGUAGUCUUUUUUUCAUCUUUUAGAAAUGGAGGUGCUACAAGACGCAAAUUACGAGUCGAUGUCUCUUGAUGAUGUCAUCAGGGAUAUGAGAGCUAAGAAAACCCUGGAUGAAGGACAUGUUGAAGAUAACUCACCCUUCCUGAGACGGCAGACCAAUUUUCAAUUUAACAGAAGACCAUUAAGAACAGCAAUCCAACCAAAGAAUUACAACAGGAGUAAUUAUUUAAACCAUAUGGCCAAAAAGCGGCUUGUUCAGGCACGCAAAACCCUGGAUCUCAGACAAAGACUCAUUACUAUCAGAGCCAAUAAAGCAGGGCUGGAUUUAAGAUGGAAAAUUGUUGCAAACAUGAUUUUCAAAUUAAGACAGCAAGCUAAAUUAUCUCAGUCUGGGCCAAGAUUUCAUCAAUUUCCUCAAUUGGAAAACUCAUGUGGCCCCAGAGCUAGUCCAUUUGGACAGUGUAAUGGGAUGGUUUCUCAACCUAAAGUGAGCAGAUCAACACUGUCUCAAAUUGAAAAACUUGUUGGCAAACUUCCCCCUUGGAUGAAGCCUAAUACUGCUGCAGUGAUUCAAAGAGGACCUACAUUACCUCACAGCUACCAUAAAGCUUCACCAUCUGGUGUUUUCCCAAUGUCCCCGGUUCCCAGGGUUUUCUCUCCACCAAAGUUUAGCCAUGAACUAUCUAUGCAGCCAAACUGUUUUGCAGUUCCUCACGCGCCCUCAUGCUAUCAAGCAUCACACAAUAUGCCAAAUCACUAUCAAUGUGAUAUUCCACGAGGAAUGCCCCCGCUUGCCUGCGAGAUUCCUCCCCCUGCUAACGGAAUGCCUCCGCUGGCUUACGAGCCCUCACCAAGAACCAGGAUACCCGCCCCAGGAAUAAUUGCUCGCCUUGGCGUAAUCAAAGCUACUCCGCAAUCGGAAGAAGAGGAUAUCCAAAUCAGUGUGGUAGACAGUGGUGAAGACAUUCCACGCACGAAGAAAACUCUCAACGAACGUUUCACGCAGUGAAAGGUAUACGAGUGCUGAUUUGCUAAAUUUUCUCAUUUCAAUCUUUGACGAGGGUGUCCUAUUUCUUUUCAUAUUGAAUACUACCCAGAAUUUCUCGCAUUCAUUUCUACGUUUUUUCCUCAAGUAUUCGAUUUGCGUAGACAUUUUUGUUGGACCAUUAUCACAUUUCUUACUUUUCCUUGCAAUAUUGCCCCCCACUAUGUGAAAGAAUUGAAUCAAGAAAACUUAUAUGUUGGGGCUGUUUAAAUGUAAGAAAUUACCUUGUAUCCCGAAUAAACUGGAUUGUUUUUUAAA